UGGUUAGUUUCUCAAUCUAAUUUUUUUCAAAUGAACAUUGAUUCCAUGCAGAAAUGAUUAAAACAAAAAAAAAAACGGAAUGAACUUACCGGAAGAUGUAACUAUAGAAAUCUUGACGAGAUUACCUGUGAGAUCAUUGAUUAGAUUCAAAUGCGUCUGCAAAUCAUGGAAUCUUCUUUUGAAAAACCCGACAUUUAUUUCAAAACACCAUCAGACAAUCUCCCAGAAAGAUGGCUCCGAAGUUCUGCUUGUCAGCAGGCGCGACGUCGUGACGAAUAAAAGAGUCGUCUCGAUGUUGAGAAACGAUGGAAGCGACAACACUCUUGUGGAUCAAGACCUCCCGACAUUCUUGAAUGAUAUGUUUGGUCAUGUUCGGCUGAUCGGCCCGUGCAAGGGUGUCGUCUGUUUGUUCGGGUUUCCCGACAACAUCGCUCUGUGGAACCCUAGCAGUCGAGAUUUCAAGAAACUACCUCUGUCCCUACUACCUCGUCCACCCAAUGCAAAAGUACGUGGUGGAGACCUUGGAGUCGGUUUCGAUUCCACGACACAUGAUCUGAAGGUAAUGCAGAUCUUAUUCUGCGUGUCCUUCGACUGCCGUCUCCUCUACCAAGUCGAAAUAUACUCUUCCAAGACAAAUGCCUGGAAGAAGUACGACAACGUAGUGCCAGCAAAUAUAAUGUACUACAAUAUCUGGAGUACAGUGUACAAAAACGAAAACUUCUGCUGGUGGGCUCAAGACAAGGAUGUCGAGGUGAUUCUUUCAUUCGAUAUGAGCAAGGAGACGUUCCAGAAGACAACGUUACCAUCUGGCAUCGAUGUCUUGGGAGGGCAACAUAGGAUUACUCGAGCAAUUUUGCCAGUAAAAGACUCGAUUGCUUUGAUCGUCUACCGUCUCCAAGAAGUCCAAAAAGUGUUCGACAUAUGGGUUUUGAAUGAAUUAGGAGGGAAUGGUGUGGAUGGUUGGAGUAAGGCUACAAGCAUCGGCCCUCUGUCGGAAGUGGAGAGGCCAUUGGGGUUCUGGAACAAAGAUGAGUUUAUCUUGGAAAGUAGUAGUAGAGAGUUGGUGUUGUACAAUCGUAUGAACCAAAAAAUCAUGAACCUUGGAGUUUAUGGUAAACGGGAUAGAUUGGAGGUGCUUGUUCAUAAGGAGAGCCUGUUUUCAGUCAAUGCAUUUGCUAGUGUAAAUUUGUAAUUUAUUUAUUUAUUUUGUUUUUUGUUAAAUGUAUAUAUUGUACUUUUUGAGGUUAUAUUCUUCCUCAAAAAAUGUUGAACAUGAUAAGAUAUAUGUAAUUAUAUUUAAUGUAACCAAGAA